AUGUUCCCCACAGCCGCUCUCCUCUCGCUCUCCUUCGUGGCGAUCGCCUACGGCCAGCAAGUUGGCACGCUCACCGCCGAGUCGCACCCCAAGCUUAGCGUGCAGCAAUGCACCGCGGGAGGUAGCUGCUCAACCCUGCAGCGCUCCGUCGUCCUCGACUCCAACUGGCGUUGGCUCCACGAUGUCUCUGGCAGCACUAACUGCUACACCGGCAACACCUGGGACGCGACGCUCUGCCCCGACCCGACCACCUGUGCCGCCAACUGCGCGCUCGACGGUGCUGACUACACUGGCACUUACGGUAUCACGACCAGCGGCAACGAGCUCAACCUGAAGUUCGUCACGGACGGCCAGUACUCCACGAACAUCGGCUCUCGCGUCUACCUCCUCUCCGACGACGACAGCACGUACGAGAUGUUCAACCUCAAGAACCAGGAGUUCACCUUCGAUGUCGACAUGUCGAACCUCCCUUGCGGCCUCAACGGCGCGCUCUACUUCGUGGAGAUGGACAGCGAUGGAGGCGCUUCCCGCUUCCCCACCAACAAGGCGGGCUCCAAGUACGGAACCGGCUACUGCGACACCCAGUGCCCGCACGACAUCAAGUUCAUCAACGGCGAGGCCAAUGUUCUCGGCUGGGAGGGCUCCGCGAGCGACCCGAACGCCGGCAGCGGCCAGUACGGAACGUGCUGCAACGAGAUGGACAUCUGGGAGGCGAACCAGAACGGCGCAGCGGUCACGCCGCACGUCUGCUCCGUCGACCAACAGACCCGCUGCGAGGGCACGGACUGCGGCGACGGCGACGAGCGGUACGACGGCAUCUGCGACAAGGACGGCUGCGACUUCAACUCCUUCCGCAUGGGUGACCAGACCUUCCUCGGCCUCGGCAAGACGGUCGACACCAGCCAGAAGUUCACCGUCGUCACCCAGUUCGUGACCGCGGACAACACCACGUCCGGCGCGCUCUCCGAGAUCCGCCGCCUGUACGUCCAGGGCGGAAAGGUGAUCGCGAACUCGAAGACCAACAUCGCAGGCAUGGACACGUACGACUCCAUCACCGACGACUUCUGCAACGCGCAAAAGCAGGCGUUCGGCGACACCAACACGUUCGAGAAGCUCGGCGGCCUCACGGAGAUGGGCGCGGCGUUCGAGAAGGGCAUGGUCCUCGUCAUGAGUAUCUGGGACGACCACGAGGCGAACAUGCUCUGGCUCGACAGCGACUACCCCACCGACGCUGACCCGUCCAGCCCCGGUGUCGCUCGCGGCCCGUGCCCGGCCUCUUCUGGCGUCCCCACCGACGUCGAGUCGCAGAGCGCGAACGCGAACGUCGCCUUCUCGAACAUCAAGUUCGGUCCUAUCGGCUCUACCUACGCCUAA